AAUAAGAAUUGGUAUAUCAAUCAUAAUCUUAAAAAAUAAAAAUUAUAAUUAGAACAAUUAAUUAUACGAAAAAAAUGAUAAUAACUAUAGUAGGUAGAUAAGUAAAUAUCUAAAUGAUGAUGAUCUAAUCUACCUAUAUAUUUAAACCUUGCCGCUAUGGUAAUCGGUAAUAUUUGUAGUGAUUUGAUUACUUUUUACAUUUUUACACUUAAAAUUUAAAAUUGUUGUAGUAUUUUAACUGUAUUCAGUUGAAAGACAUCCAAUAACACAGAACAGUAAAAUACUACACUAUGGCUUGUAAUAUUGAUCAAUUUUUGGAUCAGAAAACACCAGAUAAUGAACCACUAAGAGGAAAAUACAUGAAAAGUUUUGGUUAUCAUUCUUUAAUGCAUAGAAUGCCUGAUGUAUUUUCUGCAAUGACUGGAUUAUUAAAAGCCGAACAAUUCACUUUGGCAAACAAAGAAGAAAUAAAUGAUAUUGUCAAUAAAUUGGAACUACUACUUUCUGAAAUAUUAAACAAUAAGCCUCUACGAACAAUUGAUAGUACUUGUACAUUAGCAUUGAUUUGGAAUCAAUUAUUAGAAAAAAAGUUUAAUUCAGAUUCGAUUGUAACAUGGUUUGAUACAGAAUGGCUUUUUACUGAGAAUUAUUUGUACAUAAGAAUAAAAGAGAUUUUCGAAAAAACGAAAAUGUUGAAAGAUUAUGAUCCUUUUAAGCAACUGAAGUAUAAAGCUUUUGAUGAAUCUGAAAUAACAAUGAUAGCUAUAGCAGAUUUUUUAAAUCCUCAAUUUUCAAAGAAAGAAUUGGACAAUAAAAAUUUGAAGACACUUUUCAUACAAAUAUUAAAGAUUUGUUUGUGGGGAAAUAGAUUUGAUUUGUCUCUCAACAUUGGAAAAUCAAAAAACAUUACUGAAGAUCCGCUAGAAGCUGUUGUAUCCUUAGAUAAAUAUAUUUUGACUGAUCAUUCAGAUGAAAUUUGGAACACUUUGAAUGCUUCAAAUGACAAAAAUCCUAAGAUAAUUGAUAUUAUCUUGGAUAAUUCGGCUUAUGAACUAUUUACGGAUAUGUGUUUGGCAGACUUUUUUAUUACUUAUGGAUUUGCCGAAACUGUUGUCUUUCAUGGAAAAUCUAUCCCUUGGUAUGUGUCAGAUGUUACAAAACCAGAUUUUGAACACUUUUUAAAUCGUUUAAUUAAUGAAUGUGCAUCAAGUGCUCUUCAACAAAUUGGAAAUAGAUGGAACAAUUAUUACAAAACUGGAAAAUUUGUAAUUGAGUGCGAGGAGUUUUGGACCUUACCUCACUGUUAUUCAACAAUGGCCACUGAAGAUUCAGAGUUAUACAAAAAAUUAGCUUGCUCCCAAUUAUUAAUAUUUAAAGGCGAUUUAAAUUACAGAAAACUAAUUGGAGAUAUCAAUUGGUCACCAUCAACUACAUUCAAAUCUGCCUUGUGCCAAUUUCAACCAACAGCUGUGGUAGCUUUACGUACAUUAAAAUGUGAUUGUGUAUGUGACCUUAACUGUGACUAUGAAACCAAAAUUGAUGAAACUGAUAAAGAUGAUAAUUAUCUUUGUUCCACUAAUUAUUGGCAAGUUAAUGGCAAAUACGCUGUGGUGCAUUUGAGUAAAUAGCUAGCAUUUUCCCACUCUCAGAAAUAAAAUAAAUAUAUUAUAUUAUUUUCAAUUUUGUGUCUGUUAUUGCAUUCAUGUGUAGUAAAUCUCUAUUAUUUUUUGCAAGUUGUAACUUAAAUAUUGUUUUAUAAUGUCUUAUUAUUUUUUAAUGAAGUAUCUUAUUUACAUCAUAAUCUCUUGUAUUUUAAUUGUUGAAAUAAAAACUUAAACAAUUUCUAAAA